AUGAAGGCUACGUUUUUCAUCUCCAUUAUCGCCGCCACUGUUACUCUAGUCAAUGCAGACCCCGUUGGUGACUCGUUGGCCAACCCUGCAUGCCCACCCGCCCCCGAUUCUUGCGCAGAUAUCAUAGAGAUGAGUAGUGAAUGCUACGAGCUCAAUGGCGGAGAUGUUGAGUGCUCUGAAGAAAAGUCCAUCUGCGAAUGUCCAGAAGGCUGUCACUUAGUCGAAGCUCAGGACCCAGCGAUGUAUCCUAGUGGAGCCUGUUCCAUCAACUUAAUCUACUUUGCCCAAGUAGCCAAUGUUGUCGGCUCAGGAGCUCUGACGCGGGAUAUUGCAGCUACAGUGGGUGACUCCUCCGAUUCAGUUUGGUACACGCAGACCAUAGCAAUCUUCACGGCUAUACUUGGCAUUCCCAUCAGCCAAGCCGCCGACCUUUGGGGCCGCAAGAUAUUCCUUGUCGCAUUGACUGCCUUCGGCUUCAUCGGUUCUCUCAUCAUAGCCGGUGCCAAUUCCCCAUGUUUGGCCAUCACUGGUUUUGCAGUCACAGGUAUAUCCUACGGCGCUCAGCCUCUGCUCCACGCGGUGGCGUCAGAGGUCUUUGCGAGGAAGUAUCGUCCUUGGGCUCAAUGUAGCGUAAAUGUUGCUGCUUCACUUGGGGCGAUCAUGGGAUUGUUGGUUGGUGGUGCGGUAACCAGAAAUGAGAAUCAUGUUGGGUUUCGCUCAUAUUGGUAUAUGGUAGCUGGCAUGUACGCCUUUGCCACGAUCUCGGUACAGCUACUAUACUCACCUCCCCCAAGAACGUUGCAGCUUGUUUGCAGCUUCCAUGAUAAGCUACGUCGCUUGGACUGGCUUGGUUAUGGCUUCUUGACACCUGCUCUCGUCCUCUUUUGCAUGUCCCUCGCAUGGCUUCAGAAUCCGUACUCAUGGACUGAUGCUCACGUUAUGGUCACAUUUAUCAUUGGUAUCUGCCUUGUCUUGGGUUUGAUAGCCUACGAGACGUCGGUAAAAAGAGACGGCAUGUUUCACCAUCGUCUUUUCCAGAACCGAAACUUCCCAUUGGCUCUUGUCUGCAUUUUCGCUGAAGGUAUGGUUUUCUUCUGUGCCAACGACUACUUCGCAUUUCAGGUCAGUAUACUCUUCUCACAAGACAGUCUGAUCACUGGCGUACAUUACUCCGUUGCCUUUGCGGCUCUUGGCAUCUCUGCAAUCGUCUCAGGUCUCUGGUGCUCAAAGACGAAGGCUGUGCGUAUACCAACGACUGUUGCCUUUUCGUCUUUUGUGGUAUUUGAUAUCUUGAUGGCAACCAUAUCUCAAGAAACUACCACUGGCCAGAUCUGGGUCUUUCCCAUCUUUUUAGGGUUCGGACUCGGUAUAUGUUUACCCUCUCUUGUCACAGCAGCCCAUUUCGCAGCGCCGCCAGAAUUAGUCGCCAUCGCUUCAGGUCUCAUGAUCUCUUUGAGGAGUUUAGGAGGUUCAGUUGGUCUUGCAGUCUACAAUGCCGUCUUCCAUCACGGGUUCUCAUCCAGUGUUGGUCCCAAAAUUGCCGACGCCGUUUUGCCACUUGGAUUUCCAAACAAGAACCUCCCUCAACUUAUCUCUGCAUUUGUCAGCCAUAAUGACACGGCAAUAAAAGAAAUCCCCGAAAUCUCGCCCGAGAUUAUAGAAGCUGGGAGAGAAGGUCUCCUUGAAGCUUUCAGAAUUGGCUUUCGAGGUGUGUGGAUCACUACAGCCUGUCUAUCAGUGUUUGCAGGCAUUGCCGCAAUCCUUCUUCGCGAUCCAAGAGAGAACUUCACUGCUCAUGUCGACGCACCAAUUGUUGCGAUUACAGAGACUGAAGAAGAAACGCAAGGGUCCACCGUCACUCUGGCUAGAAUGUCAUGA